AUGCAAUUACAAAACCUUUUACCACUAGCUUUAAUGCUAGUCAAUAGUUUCAACGUUGCCGAAGCUAAAGUUCAUACUGCAAAGCUUCACAAACGUGACUUAUCGGAAGGUGCCAGCGAAAUUAACUUCCAACAACAUAUUGCUCAACUAGGUCACAAGUAUCUAACUACAUUUGAAAGAGCUUACCCAGAAGUUGCAUUCUCUAGAGAACAUCCAUUCUUUUCUGAAGGUUCCGGUCAUAAUGUUCCUUUGGCUAACUAUAUGAAUGCUCAAUAUUAUGCCGAUAUUACCAUUGGUACCCCUCCACAAAGCUUUAAAGUUGUCUUGGAUACUGGUUCUUCCAACUUAUGGGUUCCAAGUUCUGAAUGUAACUCUAUUGCCUGUUUCUUACAUUCCAAGUAUGAUCAUUCCGUAUCUUCUACUUAUAAGAAGAAUGGAACUGAUUUUGCUAUUCAAUACGGUUCUGGUUCAUUGGAAGGUUAUGUUUCUCAAGAUUUGAUUACCAUCGGUGACCUAACCAUUCCAAAACAAGAUUUCGCUGAAGCUACAAAUGAACCAGGCUUGGCAUUUGCCUUUGGUAAAUUUGACGGUAUCUUAGGUCUUGCUUAUGACUCUAUCUCGGUCAACAAGAUGGUUCCACCAUUUUAUAAUGCUAUCAAUCAAGAUAUUGUUGAUGAGGCUAGAUUUGCCUUCUAUUUAGGUGACAGCUCUGACGAAAAUGCCGAUGGUGGUGAAGCCACUUUUGGUGGUAUUGACAAGAGUAAAUUCACUGGUGACAUUACUUGGUUACCUGUUCGUCGUAAGGCUUACUGGGAAGUUAAGUUCGACGCCAUUGGUCUAGGUGAAGAAUUCGCCAAAUUAGAAAACCAUGGUGCUGCUAUCGAUACCGGUACUUCUUUGAUCACUCUGCCAUCUGAUCUUGCUGAAGUUAUUAAUGCUCAAAUUGGUGCUAAGAAGGGUUGGACUGGUCAAUACACCGUUGAUUGUGCAACAAGAGGUAGCUUACCAAACUUAAGUUUCAAGUUUAAUGGUAAAGUCUUUACUAUUUCUCCAUUUGAUUACACACUAGAGGUCUCCGGUUCUUGUAUCUCUGCUAUCACUCCAAUGGAUUUCCCAGAACCAGUUGGUCCAUUAGCCAUCAUCGGUGAUGCUUUCUUACGCAGAUACUACUCCAUCUACGAUGUUGAAAACAAUGCUGUUGGUCUAGCCAAUGCCGUGUAG